AUGCUGCCGGUAGGGACGCCGAUCGCGGAGGCGGAGGCUGAGGACUGUUCCUUUGCGGAGGAGUACGACGGCCCCCCUAUUUCUUACGAGAUUCCCCGGGCCAUCCCCAUUGAGAUCGAUCACAUCCCCGUCGCUUCCGUAGCCUCUGCGCCGAAGUCGGUUUCCGUCUGCGUUCCCGUUGUCCAGCCGUUGCCUUCGCCGGACCCGCUGAAGAGGCCGCCGAAGGAGGAGUUCUAUCAGGCGGCAGAGGCGGCAGUGUCGCCGACGUCUGUGAUCGCAUUCGAUCAGACUGUGGUGGAGAGGCUCGACCACGAUAUAUCUGGAGAUAUCGCCAGCAAUUCAUCGGGGGUGCUGGGGUGCUCGCCCAGCGUCCCCGAUCGGUCGCGGGAGCUUUCAGACGGCGUUUUGGAGACAGUGGGGUUCUCGACAGAGUUCAAGGAGAGUGUGGAUUUCUCAAAUGGUACAGAUGCGCGCGUCGAUCAGGUGACGACCGGGUCAGGACUGAGCUCGGACGACUUUGGGUUCCCGUCCUCUGGCUCCGAUGAUGACGACCAGGAGAUGGCGGUGGCUCCACCGGAAGAAUAUGCCAAGCGUGGGCCGCAGGUGUCUUUCCAGGACUCUGAAGUGGAACGCCUGACGAAUCAUGGGGAGACUGCAAGUGGCCAGCAGGAGCUGUGGGAAGGGUCCAACCCAAGGGUGAAGAAGGGUUCCUGCUACCGGUGCCACAGAGGAAACAGAUUCACAGAGAAGGAGGUUUGCUUGGUAUGUGAUGCAAAGUAUUGUAGCAGCUGCUUGCUGAAGGCAAUGGGAUCGAUGCCUGAGGGAAGGAAGUGCGUUACGUGUAUUGGAUUCCCAAUUGACGAGACAAAGAGAGAUAGCUUAGGAAAGUGCUCUCGCAUCCUUAAGAAGCUACUGAGCUCGCUGGAGGUACAACAGGUGAUGAAGGCAGAGAAGUUUUGUGAGGCAAACCAUCUAAGGGCCGAAAAUGUGUAUGUAAACAGAAAACAGCUUAGCCAGGACGAGAUGAUAUUAUUACAGAGUUCCCCCAACCCACCUACUAAGCUGAAGCCAGGGUAUUACUGGUACGAUAAGGUGUCAGGGUUCUGGGGAAAGGUAAAUGUGAAACUCGUGUGCAUUGUCGAAAGAAAUUUAUAUUUUGGUGUCGAUAACCCAGUGACAUAGUUUAGUCUUAUUGUCAAAUUUCUGAUCGGAAAUGUUCACGCCCUUUUUCUGACCAAUUUAUGAAGUGCAUUUAGGCCUUGAUUCUUGUUAUCACCUCAUUUUAACUCAACUUAUCGCAUUUUAAGUUGCAUAUCUCUUUCAGCUUUUGAGCAACAAAUGAUGCAUCAAUUAUCACGUGCACACAAGUUUAUAGUUUUAUGUGAGGGAUAACAUAUCCCUAACUUUUUGCAAUUUGCAUUCGAAUUUUUUCACUUGUGAAUGGAGAUAUUGUUCUGCUUUACGUAAUAAUCGUAUCAUAAAAAACUCCAACAGGAAGGACACAAACCACACAAGAUCAUCAGUCCACAUUUGAAUGUUGGAGGAAACCUCAUGCCAGAGGCUAGCAAUGGGACAACUGGAGUAUUCAUAAACAAUCGAGAAAUUACCAAAACUGAGCUACGGAUGCUUCAGGUGUAAAUUUAUGUCAUUUGAGAUUCAUUAAGCUUUGAUUAGACUCAAAGGAUAGAAUAUUCAAUAAUAUACAUUUUAAUGCAGUGGGCGGGAGUCCAAUGUGCUGGGUGCCCUCAUUUUUGGGUGAAUGCUGAUGGCACAUACCAAGAGGAGGGGCAGAAGAACAUAAAAGGGCAUUUAUGGGGGAAGGUGGGUGCAUUUCUGCCUUUUUACGUUUUAGCCUUUAAUUAUGUGCUUUUCCAUUGAAGAUAUUUGUCAACAGGCUGGAAUGAAGCUCGUAUGCUCUAUUCUAUCACUGCCCACUCCUUGUAAGGAGAUAGUGACUUCUAGAGAUGAAGUUAACAACAUGACCAACAGACCUAUGCCAGACUACUUUGAACAAAGGACAUUGCAGAAGCUCCUUUUAAUUGGAUAUCACCAAUCAGGGACAAGUACCAUAUUUAAGCAGGUAUGGUUAUGAUUAACUAUAUAACUUUUGUUCUGGUUUUCUAAGAUUUUAGUGUUAAGGUUGGGUUCUUUGAACCUCUUUUAUUUCUGAUCCAAAAAUAGAACUUUUUACCCUCUUUUAGGACACUUGUCAUGCAACAAACCUCAGUGAGGUUAUUGUCUGGAAUGCUCUUGCGAGCUUGGAUGAUAUUAGGGAAGAUGAUUUUAGUGUGGUUGUGUCGGGUUCAGCCUCUUAGAAGAAAAUAAAUUGAAGUUUACUUAUCGUUAAAGUACAAAAGUUCUCAGAAUAGCUCUACUAUUUAUCGUUUUUCAUGUUUGAUAUUUCAACAGUGUCAGACUCUGGGAUCCACCUGAACUGUUCGUUCUUAAUUAUAGCUUUGUGCACACAUUGUGAUCUGGAUAGGGGGUAGUAGAACUGGUUUAUGACCAAAGUGGUCGGAUAUAAGUGAUUGACUUCUUAUGGGAGCAACUGCACAUGGCCUCCCCGUUGUUAGGUGUCUGUCUGUGUGUGUGUGUGUUUGUUUGUAGAACGUGAGGGGUAAACUCUUUACCUGUUCAACUCUGCCUGGAGGUUUGGUAUGGCUAUCCCUCAUGAAAGGAUUGAGCACUCAAGGCCCUUGCGUGGCAGUGGGCUUCCCUUUCCACUCAUCUAGAAAGAAAGAUACAAGUGAAGCAUCAUAGACACUAUAUUUAUGUGAUGCUACGAAACUAGUAGCUAUUAUAGGAAAAGUUUGAUAUCUUUACUUGUCGGAUAUUUACGAGUUCCUAUUGAGAUCCUCUCUGUAUUAUGAGGGUUUCCUACUCGAUAAAUUGAACCUCUCUUAGGACAGUUGUACAAGUGAAAAAUAAAUCUCCACUGUAGCAGUACCAAUUCCAUUCACGUGCUAGGCUACAUAGUUAGAAUGAUUAUUGUUUACAGACGACAACCUUGAGCUAGAGAUGUGUAGAAGAUCUUUAUUGCUCUGUUUCUAGCCAAGAUUUCUGGAAAAAAUGCCUAACUAUCGUUAGAUUUCCUUCCUUUAAUUAUGCUCAAUAAGUAGGCUGAUGUGUAGGGAAUAGUAGUCUGCCAUUUAUUUUAUUUUUAUCAUUAUCUACGCCUAGGAUUAAGUGCAUCUGUUGACUACUAUACUUCUGUAGGGACUGUAAAGUGGACAUAUGGAGACAAUUUCUCCUUAAUGCUUAAUAUUUAAACUUUUUUUGAUAUUGUCAUUGCUCUUUAUCAGGCAAAGUUCUUGUAUAAGACAGUUCCUUUCACCGAGGGAGAGUGUGAAAGCAUUAAGUUGUUGAUCCAGAGCAACAUAUACAAAUAUCUUGGGAUAUUACUGGAGGGACGUAAACGUUUUGAGGAAGAAAGUUUGACGGAAAUAACGAGAAAACGUUCUGCAGGUAUAAAUUUUACAAAGUACUAUGCAUUUUUCCAAUUGAUGCUCAUUGCAUGUUAGAUUCUUUCGUUAUCUCUCUACUUUAUUCAUAUGCAUCUUUUUUAAAUUGUUGAAGUAAAAAUAAAUGUUUCAUGUUUUCUGACGAAUACUUACUACCUUGAACUAUGAACUAUUUACCAUCAUCGUGUGAAAAAACAAAUUAACCCGGUCAGAAUUCUACUUGUAAGUGCACCUCCAAAAAGUAAAUUCUACUGAAUAAUCAAAUAAGCUUCAUGCCCUUUUUACCUCUUUAUCAUUAUAUCCUGAAAUGGAACUCUUUUUGACUGCAGGCAAUGAAUCUGAUGGAGGCAAGUGCAAGACUUUGUACUCAAUUGGUCCAAGGUUGAAAGCUUUCUCUGAUUGGCUUCUCAAAGUUAUGGAGUCAGGGAACCUGGAAGCUAUUUUUCCUGCCGCUACCCGUGAAUAUGCUCCCUUAGUCGAAGAAUUAUGGAAGGACGCUGCUAUCCAGGCUACAUAUAAUCGGAGAAGUGAAUUGCAGUUGCUUCCUAGCAGUGCAAGUUACUUUUUAGAGCGGGUAUAACAUAUUUUCAACUUAUAAUCUUCUCAUUGCAUGAAAAUUUAGGUUUCUUUCAUGAAUCCAGAUCUCUGUUGCAUUAGUUCAUUUUUCUUGAAGUGUUUUAUUUUAUUUUAAUAUUUAUUUUUAUGCGCACGUUGUAACUAUGGUGACUGUGUAAUAAACGAGAUAAAAAAGUCGUUGCUGAAAGCUUUUUUGAUGAUUUACUCUAUGACGCCAGCGUAAUGCCUUGGCGAAGGGAACAGAGUAUUUCUGUGUUGGAAUCUGAACUUACAGGUGGUGAUGUUGAAAAUGACACGAGGAUAGGGACGAACACAGUUACGACUUCAUAGAAGUGACAAUUUUGCGAAUCAUCUGGUUAAAAGUUACGGAUCGAUGUCCAGUUUUGGCUGCAUGAUUUAUAAUGGCAAACUGAAGCAACAGGGAAGGUUGAGUCGAAGAACAAACUCGGAGAGAGGAGAGGACAAAAAACUCAGAUACUUAGUGAUGUAAAGCGGCAAUCAUAGUAUCCAGUCUCUUUAAACGAGUGACAAAGCCUAGCCCAUGAGGAAACCUAAAGGAAAUGGCUUGUUGAUCUUUAGAGGAAAUGGUCGACUGCUAAAAAACAAGCUAUUAGGAAAGAAAAACUUAACCCUAACUGAAAGGGCCAGUACUGAUGUUUGCAAAUCUUGUUCUACUUAAACUACUUGCUACUGCGAGAUAUCCUGUCCAUGAUGUGGUCUUCUCAGAGGCAAAUGAUUCAUUGCACAAUUCUUCUUUUAAUAACCUGUAGGCUAUUUUAUUUUGGCCCAUGGAUUAUGAUCUUAUUUUACACGUUCAAUUAGCAAUACCUAUCCAAUGACGACAUCCAGGUUAAAAUUUCGUUUCGCAGAAUUAAAGUAAUUUAUUUCAGUCAAUUGCUAUGGAUGUUACAUCUCCAUAUCUUAUGAAAUGCAACAUUGGCCUACUUUUAGUCGUGGGGAUAAUGUCAAUACCUACUGGAAACUAUUUUGGACUGUGAGAACAGGCUCGGAUAUGCUCUGAUUAUUCAUUGUCAGCGACGUAUGAACUGUUGUGCAUUGUGUAGUAUCAAAAUGUGAAUGAAAAAAGCUUUCAUUCGAUGACAGUGUAUGGUGCCAAGAAAAAUACCGAUGAUUUAUUGUGAAUUACGGAACUAAUUCAUGAGUAGUUUGGAUUUUAGAAAUAAUAAAAACAAGCAAUGUUAGGCUCUGCGAGUGUUGGUUGUAUAGUCUGGGAGGGAGCCGUUUUGGUUCUGCGAGUGUUGCAUAAGAACACUUUGAGUCAAGAUCCGCAAUGUCCGAUCCUGAUUUGUCAUUAUUAGUUUACCUCGUGCAGAUUUAAGGUUACAAGGAUCAUUUUGGUAGGUUUGGGGCCAAAAUGCAGGUCUUGUUUUGCGGGACUCAGGUGACCACAGUAAUACAUUUUCCAUUUGAAGCCCACAUAAGCCUUAUCUUGAAUUGGACAUGCUGAGAGCCUGUUUUUGAUGCGGAAAUAUGUUACUUUAAGGCAUUGGUCAAGCUUUGGGCCUACUACGGAAAGUUUUCUCCUCCUCCUCCCUUUCACAUUCUGCAGCAUCUGAUGAAGGAUCCAAAUACGAGAUCGAGUUUCAUGGCCUGCUAUCCGACAUUCAACCCGUUGCGAGAUCUGGCAAAAGUUUUGGGUAAGAAAACUUUUGACUAGAGAGCAUGUUUCGAAGAGCACCAUGAGUCGGUGGCAGACAGAAAUGUGCUUUCGAAGUUGUUGUUUCAGCUUCUUACCAAGAGCAAUCUCCAAAUAAGUUCUCAGACUUUAGAAAAAAAAUAAAAUGAGCGUGGAAAAUGGGAGGCUUUGUGUAAAGUAAUGUGAUGUGUCUCCGAGACACCUGUCUGCAAAGUGGACACUGAAACACUAUCGCAGGUCUCUUCUCCUACUACCAUUUUAUAGAGCCUCGUCAAAAUUGUAAUGGCCAAACUUUUUCUUUCUGGAUUUCUUUGUCUUCUCUGACAUUCAGAUGCCUUGCUUCUGAUUUCUUUUGAAAAUUUGCCUUUUUCCUUAAGAAAUAAUGAACUGAGGGGGUUCACGUGUAUAUGUUUAUACUAGGCACAGAUCUUUACAUCUUGCGAUGGCAUAUACCAGCCUGCUGCUGCUGAGUUUUAUGGCGGAGUUUUGAGAUAUUUUUUGCCCUUUUUUUCCUCAGGCUGUUGAUAUAUCAAGAGCAGAAUACGAACCCUCUCAGUUGGAUAUCUUGUAUGCUGAUGGGAUUACAUCUUCCAAUGGAUUGGCAUGCACAGAGUUUAUUUUCCCUCCGUCCGCCGGCACCAUAAGUGGGUUUGACGGCGAGGAGCACCACGAGGCAUUGAUACGGUAAGCUCUACAAAAGUAGAAACACUGACCCACCUUGCAUGGUUUGCAUUGAUAUGGUAACCUCGAGCUCCGGGUAUUCCAUUUUUAGCUUUAUUCUAAGCAUCGGCUAUCAAUUCCAUGAGAAAUGAGACAUGUUAUGAUGCCCGCUGUGGGCACUAGCGCCCGCUACCUCCAAGAAUUGCUCAAUAAUGGAAAAAAUGUCUCCGUCUUGACUCGUGUUCUGGUUCUGCUUUGCUAUGUCUGGCGCCGUUGGACACAUCCAUCGGUGCCGUUCUGACCGCGUGAGGCUGUGCCAUGCAGGUACCAGCUCAUCAGGGUGCACGCCAAAGGGCUGGGGGAGAACUACAAGUGGCUGGAGAUGUUCGAGGACGUGAGGCUGGUCGUGUUCUGCGUGUCCAUGAGCGACUACGACGAGUACAGCGAAGACGCGACGGGAGUGCCGACGAACAAGAUGCUCGAAAGCAAGAGGCUCUUCGAGAGCAUAAUAAGCCACCCGACGUUCGAGCAGAUGGACUUCCUGCUGGUGUUGACCAAGUACGACCUCCUCGAACGGAAAAUCGAGCAAUCUCCGCUCACGCUGUGCGACUGGUUCAAGGACUUUGAACCCGUGGUGAGCCGGCACCGCCACAGCAGCGCCGGCAACAGCCGCGCCCUCAACAGCCACGGCACCUCGCUGCCACAGCAGGCCUUCCACUACAUCGCCGUCAAGUUCAAGAGGCUCUUCUCUUCUCUGACCGGGAGGAAGCUGUAUGUCACGGCGGGGAACGGCCUGGACCCCGAUUCCACAGACAGAGCUCUCCGUUACACCAGGGAGAUCCUCAUGUGGGAGGAAGAACGCUUGAUGUUCGGCAGCGACGAUCUGGAGGCUGGUAGCACAGUGCCCAGCUCCUUCUCCCAGUGA